AGCAAGCAAGCAAGCAGGCAGGCAGGCAGGCAAGCAGGCACCCUUCGUGGCCGUGUCUCGGCUGAAAACUCGUCGGUCUGCAUUCCAGUGUCGCGGACGUUGCGCCGGACGCCAAGCGGACGUCGCGGCGAAGCAGCCGAGACACGAGAGAGAAAGAGAGAGAAAGAGAGAGAGAGAGAGAGAUAGAUUUUACUCGCGUCCCUUCGUGUGUACCUCGUUCCCUUCCACUACUUCAGAUAUCUAUUUUCAUUAACAGUGCGAUCGUGCUCUACGUUCUACGAAAGAUGAAGUGAGACGUUAAAUACCGGCCCGCGUACGUCGUCCCCCGUUGAUCGUAAACGGAGGGGAAGAAGAGAGAAGCGAUCUCUUUCGCGGGGAACGUCCAAGAGUCGGUGCGUCUCGUCAUAUAGAAAAGAGAGAGAAAGUGAGAGAGGAGAGAGAGAGAGAGAAGGAGAUUUAACGCGCGAACGAGGCACCGAGUAAAAUAGGAUUCAAAAGGAAUGCGUCAAGAUGGGAUCCGCCUUCACCCUACGUGGCAUCGUCACCGCUCUUGUCUACGCCUUGUUGCACCCUGCAAUCGAAUCUAAAUCGUCCAACUCCGACGAUUCGAGAAAUGUUUACGAGGAUCACGAAAUUGGAGGAACACUGGAAGUUCCUGCCAAAGUAGCUUCGUUUAAUUACACCAAGCCAAAGAAGACACCGGCACGGCGUAGAAUCGGGUUGGCGAAAAUAACGACAUCCUUAGGAAAUUCGUGAAGCCUCUUAGAGGAUGCGGAAUGUAAAGUUGAAAGCAAGUUUGCAGCAUUCGCCGAAUUCUAAGGCUUUAUUAGCCGUUGAAAGUGUCUACGUCUACCACCGUCUUAGUGAUGGCAGAGGCAGGAGCUAGGCAUGUCCUUCAAUUGGCAUCCAAAACCUUUGGCCGCACCGUUGGGGGAUGACGUGAAUUUCGAGUGCAGCCUCAAUCUUCCACCGGAAAGAUUUCAAUGGCGGCACAGGCCUCUCGGCUCGGACAAGUGGACGCCCCUAGCUCGUACGGUGAACGCGGGUGCUGGAGCCAGGACCGCUGUCGUUGUCAGUUUCGAUGAUAAGUCGAAGGCCGGCGACUACCGCUGCGUAGCUUUUUAUGGCUCCAGUGGAUUGGCGUCCGAUCCUGCUCGACUGACUUUGUCGACCAUGCACGAAUUCUCCGACAAGAGUGACAUCGAAUUACGCGUACCGGUUGGUAAUACCGUUCCUAUAACAUGUCCAGUGCCUUACUCCGUCCCGGAGGCGAUAGUACAAUUUUACAAGAACGACAAAUUGGUGCAAGGAGUCGAACUGAUAAACGGUCGUACGAUAGCCAUAGAAAAUGCAAAACCCUCCGACUCGGCGUAUUAUUAUUGCACGGCGAAUAAUUAUAUAACGUCUCAGACCUCAAGGAGCAAUCACAUGACCGUCUUAAGCGUUCACGCAAACGCGACUCGCCAAGCACCGUACUUCUCGAAACAGCCCCAAACCGAGUACACCGUUUUACGUGGCAAAAACGUUACGAUGGAGUGUUUUGCCGCGGGCUAUCCGGUCCCUCGUGUAACUUGGAGCAGACUGGGUGGUACGUUGCCCUCGAGAUCCGUACAAACGAAAGCUGGCUUAACUAUAAUUAACGUGCAACCUUCCGAUCGUGGCGAAUACGAUUGUGCUUGGAGCAAUGGCGUAGCCGGUCAACCACUUAAAUCUGUGAUCAUUUUGAAAGUUGCCGAGGAACCUAGAAUCCUGAAACCACCAAAGGCUUCGACCUUCUCCGAGGGUGGCGAGUUGGAACUGUCCUGUACGGUUACCGGUCAACCCGAACCUACCGUCGAGUGGUUAAUAAACGGUGAAACUUUGGUGCCCGAUAAUAACUUGGAGAUCCGUGGUUCGACCCUGCUCAUAUCGGAGGUCGAGAAAAAGCACGCCGGUAUAGUCCAGUGCGUCGCAAGUAACGAGUAUGGUUCCGAUUCCGGCUACAACUUGUUGAGGGUCAAUCCGAAACAACACGUAAGUGGUAUAUCCGAGUCCAGACCGGAGUACGGUCUUCCUGGAUCCUCUAGGCACAAACAUACCAGAGGUGGAGGUAGGAGAAGGAGCAAAGAGGGGAAACGCAAAGGCACCGCGGUACUGGUCCCACCUAAUCAGCCGAACGUUACUCGACUCUCGGACGUCUCCGUCAUGGUUAGAUGGUCCGUACCCGAGAACAAGGGUCUUCCGAUAGAAUUCUUCAAGGUUCAAUAUCGUCAGCUUGGCCAAAAGAUGAACGGUAAACAGGCCAAGUGGAUGACGGCGAAUACGGAGAUACCUAAUCACGUGCGUUCCUUCGAAGUGACGGAUUUGCAGCCCGACAAUACUUAUCGGUUUAGGAUAGCUGCGGUUUACUCGAACAACGACAACAAGCUCAGCCCGAAUUCGGUGCGCUUUCAUUUGAAUCGCGACGGUGGUUUCGAAAGCAACAGGAUGCCGAUCCCUCUGUUGACGAACACCGAGGCAUUGAAUCACAACGAAGUCUUGCUCCUCUGGCAAAAUCUUGACAAAUCAACGGACAUCGAUGGCUUUUACGUUUAUCACCGUGCCUCCACCUCGGCCGGGGAUUACGUCAAGACUACGGUCGAGGGAAAGAAUUCUACCAACAUAACGAUAUCUCAUUUACAACCGGACACCACGUACGAAUUUAAGGUACAAAGUUUCUCCGUAGACGCCGCCUCGGAAUUUUCCAAGAUCCUAAGGCAGAAGACGAAGAAGGCUCCGGUCGAGCAAGCUGUUCAGCAAGUCGUAGCCGAGAACAAGUUAAAGCCCACAGCGAGCGACAAGAAUGCCAACAUGUACGCGAUUAUCGGCGGCGUCUUUGGUGGAUCCAUUCUCUUGGUCAGCAUCGCGGCUAUUGCGGUGGUUUACAAGAGGACCAAGAUCAAACAGAGUCGUGAAUCCUCUCAAAGCGAAGGGAAGCCAAUAGCAAACGGAAGAGUAACGAACGGAGGUGUGACCGACUCUAAAAUUAACAUUACGUCGAAUCCACUGGCCGGUCUCGAUGCUUCCGACGACAUGAUCCAGCCUAAGAGCGGACAGCAAUCGUCGAUGGAAAUGACCUCCUUUCUAAACGGCCAGAACAACAACGGCAACGACCAUAACAACGCGGACUCCGUUGGAAUCGACGUGAACGCUCCCCGUAACGAGCCAGCACCCUUGCAUCAAGGAUCACCGCCUAACGAGCAACCACUGUGAACUUCCCUUUAACGUGUUCCUUCUGAAAUAUCGUUCUUUCUUCGAGCAAGUUCACGUUGAUUUAAAAAAAAAAACAAAACAAAAAAGAAAAAGAAAAAAGAAAAGAAAAAGAAAUAGGCAGCUUUUACCGAUACGCAAGGUUCUUUCAUGAAAUCGUAUCGGGGUAAUUUUUCUUUUUUCUUUUUUUUUUUUUUUCUAUCUUCAUCGUGUACAAUAUAAUACGAUAAGUUAAAUAACUUAGACAUAUCAGAAUCGACACGUUAAUUGCCUAAAUUAAACAAUUUAUCUUGUUAAAAAGAAAUUGUUCAAAUUCUAUUGUCGCAUGCACAAGUAAUGUUAUCGUAACGUUGACAGAACGUUAGUAUUGUUACUUGUACGUUAGAGUAACGUCAGAGUGCAUGUAAAGCGACGAAGGACAAAUUCGAUUAAAGCUUCGACGAAAGAUCUCUUCCUCGUGUGCUGGGCAAUACGUUACGCUCUCUCCUCUUGUGAAUAUAUUUCAUUAUAGAAAUCGCGUGUAAACUUGUAAAUAUAAUUCGAGAUACGUUUUAUCGUCGUCGAACGCCGUCCAAGAUAAACGCGCUGUGUCUUAAAACAAAUGUAUUCCUUUCGUUCGAAAUUUCGAUUGAAAAUGAAACUUCAUUUAUAAAUCUAACUUAUAUUAUAUCCGUCCUUUGGGCAAUCGUUAGAUCUGAUAGCAAAUUAACGUGUUGAAAUGCGAUUUACGUAUGACGUAUAAGAAAUAAUAAUGGAGAGCGAAUCGUAUUGUAAAGACGCGCCGAAUUAUAAUGCAUAUCGUUACAUUUUAGAUCUAUAAAUAUCAUUACGUAGAUGUACUACGUUUAACACAGUAUUCUUUCUCUUUUGAUACGAUCAACGUUUUUAUAUUCGAAGAGAAAACUUUUUAUCAUAUUUUCAUAGUAAUCGUCUCGACUGAUACUAAUUUACUCGAUCGUUUACUUAAACGUUUGCUUUCCACGGUAAAUUUAGAUUUUGUACGUCUCGUUAUACCGUCGAGGAGAAACAGGUAUCGUAACAUCCUCGUUCAUUUAUAUCGAAGAUUUUCAAGCGUUGCAUUUAUUCCAUCGACGUUUUUACCGAGAGAUUACUUUAUAUAUACUCUAUUUACACGAUCUUUUUUAUAUCUGAUAUAUAUAUAUAUAUUUUCUUUUUCGUUCCGAUGCAACAUACAAGAUUAAAAUUCACGUCGAAUUCACGAUCCGAGUUCUUACGUGCCGAAAUAAGAAGAUACGCGUGUACACACAUACACACACGCGCGUAGACAAAACGAACGGAUAAUUUAUCAUAACGUUCAUAUCGAAAAAUUUUACACGCAAAAUGCCAGGAUAACAACUGUAAAUAAAAAAUAUAUAUGUAUUAGCGAUCGCAUUAUGCGACGUAAA